UGCCUGCUGCCGUGCGUGGCCUGCACCUCGCGCCUCUCCCUCCCGCCCGCCUCAGCCGCCCCUGCUUACCUCUGCUGCGCCAUCCGUUGCCCGCACUCUCUUGUAGGCAUGUCGCAGGGUUGCCGCACCGACAUUGAGCGGCACCGGCUGCCUGCGGUGCCUCCGGCGCGCCCAGAACGCGACCCUGACGCCGUCUUUGCCGCUGCACGCAGCGCGCAUCUGCAGAUGACGGCCUCCGCCCGCCUUCUUCGCGUGCCUUGGUCGCUGGCCAAGCCCGACGAGGCAAACAGUCAGCGCGCGAGCCUCAUCGUGCAGCAGCUGCCCGACGAGCAACGCGUCCUCCUGCUCGACUCCGACGACCGCUGUGUCGUGCUCAUCUCCUGGGCGCCAGCCCAGGGCACAGCCGGCGACUAUCGCCCUGCGCUGCGGCAGGUGGAGGACGCGACGCUCCAGCUGCCCAAUGCAUGCCUCACCGAGAUUCAGUCCACGCGCGGGCGUGGCUUCGCCACCGUCAACGUGAAUCUGCGCCCGUGGCCCAUCCACACGACGACAAACUCCGAGUCGUGGCCUACGGCGCUGCUCAACAGCCCGCAGCACACAACGCCUCUCAUCUACGGCGACGCCCUGGCGCGCCUAGCAGCCGUCGCGCGCGACAACCUGGGCAUGCUAAGCCCGGCGCACCUGCUCGUCUACGACGAGGUCGCGCAGCACCCGGAGCUUCGUGCGGUGCGCUUCCCCGUGAAGCCCGAGGAGCUGCGCACACUCGAUAGCGACGCGGCGGCCCGCGUGAUGGCAAGGGUCGGCGAGCGCGGUGCGUGCGUGUUCGACCCGCACGGCGGCAUCAUCGCCAACGUGAUCAGCGACGCUACGAUCUGCGCGCAGCACAAGGACAUGCGUGACCACAUGUACGGCCUUGCCUCCGUCAUGGUGCACGGCGAGCACUUUGUCGGCGGUGCUCUGCAUCUCCGCGAGCUGGGCAUCAAGGUGGACACGUCCGACGGCACGGUUGUCACGUUCCCGGCGCGCCAGAUCACACACGGCAAUAGCGCGCUGCUGGCAGGCCGCCGUGGCUCCCUUGUGUUCUUCACGUCCGCAGGGCUCAUCGACAAGUUCUCUGCCACCGGGCUGAGCAUCGACACGUUUGUGCGCUGCACCCUGACUUGAAGAGUGUAAUGCAUUGUCCCUGCUG